AUGGCCACGCUAGAGCCGCUGCCCCUUCUCAGUGACCCCACCCACCCCGGCCCAGAGACCUUCCAGGGUUUUGCACCCCAGCUACCCCUCCCCACCUCCCGGCGAGCCAUGGGGAGCGUGGGCAGCGGCGUGGCCAACGACCAAGAGUUUGCCAUGAAGAGCGUGGGGACGCGGACGCAGAGCGGUGGGCGGCAGGCGGAGGGGUCCCGCAACGGCUACUCCACCCGGGACAUCUCCCACCGCUACUCGGGGGAGGAGAAGGCUUACAAGUCUGAGAAGGUCUCCAACUCCCUCUACAUCAACGGGGAGCUGCGCAAGGGCGAGAAGGUGAAGGUGGACAUCUGUGGGAACGUCACCGCCAACAACGAGAAGAACGUGCCACCUCCUCCCCAGUACCGAGAGCCCGGGAACCCACCAAAGAUAUUGCCCAUCUCUGGCAAACUAGACCAGAGCAAUGAGCCCUUAGUUAGACCCUCAGCCUUUAAACCAGUAGUUCCUAAAAACUUCCAUUCCAUGCAGAACCUCUGCCCGCCGCAGAGCAACGGGGUGACAGAGAACAGAAAGAGCUUGAACCACGCCAACAGCAAUAGCCCCUCCGCACCCAAAAGUGGACUCGACAAGAGCAGCCUUAACAGGACUACCAACCAAGUUGGGGGCCUUUCAGAUUCCGGCCGUAACUCGUUAACGAGCUUGCCCACCUACGGGACAGGCUACAGCCAGCACGUGGGUCCCAUGAGCGCCUCCACGAGCCACAUCAACCGCAUCGGGACGACCUACGUGGAGAAGAACAUGGUGGGCUACAACGGGAUAUCUACCUCAGACAGCGGGCGGUCUUCGAGCAAGAGCACCUCUUCCUUCAACAGGCUGAACCAUCUCAACGAAACGAUGCCUUUCCACUCGCCUUCCACCGAUGACAUCAUCCAAGACCUGGAAGAUCGGCUGUGGGAGAAGGAGCAAGAGGUCCUCCAGAUGAGGAGGAACUUGGACAAGAGCGAGGCGGCCAUCUUCCAAGUGUUCGAGGAGAAGCAGAAGAUCUGGGAGAGGGAGAUGGAAGACCUGAGGCAGAACUAUGCCAACAAAUUGCAGCAGGUCUCCAAAAAGGCGCAACGGGCUCAGCAGGCCUUGCAGCUCCAAAUCUUCAAGCUCCAGCAGGAGAAAAAAAAACUCCAAGAUGAUAUGGGACAACUCCUUCAGCAGCGAGAGGAGCUGGAGAAGAAAUUUGUGGCUUUCAAGAAGGAGCAGGCCGAGUUUCUUCCAAAGAUUGAGGAGACCAAGUGGGAGGUAUGCCAGAAGGCAGGUGAGAUCUCCCUGCUCAAACAGCAGCUGAAGGACUCCCAAGCAGACGUCUCCCAGAAGCUGAACGAGAUCGUGGGACUGCGGACGCAGCUGAAGGAAGGCAAGAACUUCCUGAGGGAGAAGGAGGAGCAGAUCCUCAACCUGAAGGACUCCUACAGCUCCAAGAGCGUCAACCUGGAGAUCUGCGAGGGCGAGCUGCAGCGGAAGAUGAGCGAGGUCCAGGUGCUGAGGGAAAAACUCAACCACUGUGAGCUGGAGGUCUCCGGCCUGAAGCGGACACUUGCCAGCAUGGCACCUCCGGGACCUUUUGGCGGGGACCUGGGGGAGAAGCUGCGGGACCCGUUGGCCUGUGAGAGCGACGAGGCCAAGAUGCAGAGGCAGAGCGAGGACAACGUCCAGACGCUGCGGAAGGAGCUGGAGAGGCUCCAGACCGAGCUGAAGCUGGAGAGGCAGCAGCGGGAGCAGCAGGUGAUGGACUUCGAGGAGGAGCGGCGCACGUGGCAAGAGGAGAAGGAGAAAGUCAUCAAGUACCAGAAGCAGCUGCAGCUGAACUACGUGGAGAUGUACCAGAAGAACCAGCUGCUGGAGCACAAGGUGAACGAGCUGAACACCAAGGCCGCCAGCCCCCCGCACGCCGAGGAGAAGAAACCCUGGACUCCCUCCAGACUCGAGCGAAUAGAGUCCACCGAGAUCUGA